UGUCCUGGAUGCUGGGUGCUUCCCGAGAGUGCCGGGAACUCCCCUCCUCCUCAGUGGCGUGGCCUGCUUGCCUCUGACAUCAAGAACAGCUGAAGUGCCAGCCUCCCCUCCAGGACUCAGGGACAGGACAGCAUGAGCCGGUCAAGGCAUACGGGCAAGAUCUGGAAACGCCUGGAAGAUGUCAAGAGGCCGUGGAUCCGGCCAGCCAGGACUGACUUCAGCGACAAUGAGAGUGUUCGGGUGGCCACAGAUGCCCUGUUGGAUGGGGGGCCCGAGGCCUACUGGCAGGCACUCAGCCAAGAAGGAGAGGUGGACUUUUUAUCCUCGGUGGAGGCCCAGUACAUCCAGGCCCAGGCCAAGGAGCCCCGCUGUGCUCCAGAGACCCCAGGAGGGGCCGAGGCAGGAACCAAGGCACUCGACUCCUGCUCCCUGCAGUCAGGUACCUACUUCCCUGUGGCCUCGGAGCACAGCGAGCCCACCCUGCUGCACACCUGGGCCUCGGCCGAGAAGCCCUACCUGAAGGAAACGUCCAGUGCCACCGUGUACUUCCAGACAGACAAGCACAACAACAUCAGAGACCUUAUUCGCCGCUGCAUCUCCCGGACCAGCCAGGUGCUGGCCAUCCUGAUGGAUGAGUUCACAGAUGUGGAGAUCUUCUGUGACGUUCUAGAGGCAGCCAACAAGCGUGGCGUGUUUGUCUGUGUGCUCCUGGACCAGGGAGGAGUGAAGCUCUUCCAGGAGAUGUGCGACAAAGUCCAGAUCUCCGACAGGCACCUCAAGAACAUUUCCAUCCGGAGUGUGGAAGCAGAGGUGUACUGCGCCAAAUCCGGCAGGAAGUUUGCCGGCCAAAUCCAGGAGAAGUUCAUCAUCUCGGACUGGAGAUACGUCCUGUCUGGGUCGUACAGCUUCACCUGGCUCUGCGGACACGUCCAUCGGAACAUCCUUUCCAAGUUCACGGGCCAGGCUGUGGAGCUGUUUGACGAGGAGUUCCGCCACCUGUAUGCCUCCUCCAAGCCCGUGAUGGGCCUGAAGUCCCCCAGGCUGGUCACACCCCUUCAGCCCAGAGCAGGCCGCAGCACCCCGCCGGGCCGUCUCAGUGGCAGCAGCUGCUCCCACAGUGACCAUACGUCUUCCAACCCCUUCAGCAGCCCAUCCACGGGAAGCGACCCCCAGAACCAGAGUCCGUCCAAGUCCUCAGGGCCCAGCAGUCCCCUGGCCCCAAACCCACCUCCGCCCUCCAGGUUUCAGCCCUACUAUGGCCUUUGGGGGGCCCUGACCCCACAGGCCCACUUCUCCCCGAGGCCGCACGAUGGCCUGUCCACUCUCUACAGCAACUUCAACGCCAGCAGGCCCGUAAGGCUGCAACUCGAGCAGCUUGGCCUGGUGCCCAGGGCAGCCCACAUCUGGAGGCCCUUUCUACAGGUGUCCCCUCAUUUCUGAAGGGUCCCUUCCUCCAGCCGCCCUCUCAGGGCCAGCGCUGCACAUUCCUAUGUUUUCUGACCCAAGGCACCCACCUCAAUGACUAGCAGCUUAGGUUCGUGUUCCUUUUGAACUAAAGGCACUUGGACAACAUCAUUGGCUAUAUUUGAAUGUUCCUGGGCCUGAGACCCCCCUCCUGGGUUCCCCUCUCUAGUUUGGCCUAUGCAACACAUUCCAGAAGGUUCCAGGGAGGAAGGGGUGGGGGUGGGGAGCUAGAAGACAAAAUUGUGAAAAUAGAGCCCCUUUCUUCCAAAGAGCAGCCAACACUUAAACAGUCCUCGAAUCUCUAUAAUGUAAGAAGGGGCAGAUACAGCCCAUGUUUUACAUAUGGGUAAACUGAGGCACUGAGAGGCAGAGGGUUGGUGUAACCAAGGUACUCCUGUUUCCCAGUGCCGAGGAGCAGUCCAUUCCCCACACAUUCAGGGGGCGGUGUGGGAACAGUCUGGAUGUUUCUAGGGGAGGUGGGAUAACUCCUCCUCCCUGAAGGGUAUAAUACUGGGUAUCCCUGGGCCCAAUGAGUUAGGGAGUUGGCCCCAGAACCUGCCUCUGUAAAUUGUGUGGGGCCAGUUGAAAUUGUUGCCACCAGAGAUGGGGCAAGGCAAGACAUCUAGGGGAUGGUUGGACACGGCAGCGCAGCAGCUCAGGCGCUUGCUGCCGAGAGCCUUGGGCUGGCCUGGAGGUCCCUGAGUCUGGGCAGGUCCCAGGGGCUUGAAUUGUUGGGACCUGGAAGUCUUGAGCAACGAGUGGGGGUUCAGCGUUGACCUUGCAGCCCCCAGGGGCAGCCAGCUGUCUGCAGACCCAGGUGCCUGUCUGGCUUGUUGACAUCCUGAGGCAGGAAAGCUGAACCCUCACAAGCCCCAUCAUUCAUUCAUUCUCAGAUCGCAGUGUGCUCUGUAUUCCUAGAAUGGAACUGGACCCCGAGGGCACAGGGUACUUUGGGAGAACAGAGGAGGGAGGUCGGGACACUUUCCAGAGAAGUAACAGUUAACCUGAGACCUAAGAACAAGGGUGUGACAGCUGGGAAGAGAGCUGUGAUCCAGGCUGCCCAGGCCUGAGAGAAACAGGUGAAAAGCCCACACCCCUUCCUGUUUCCAUGCCCUCCCCGUGCCACCAGCUCAUCUCAGCAAAUGUCUUCCUGUUGCCCAUUUCCAUCUCAGAAGCUUUGCCUUAGCUGUGGGGGGCUGAGUGGCCUCUGAACCUGACAGCAUGCAGCACCCCAAGUCCUGCUCUGCAGAGGGUAUCUCCUCUCAGCCCAUCCCUGUUGGUAUCUGUCCUGGACUCCUGGCAAAGACAGAGGCGUCUUUGCUUCUGUUUUCUUUUAAAUUGCAUCCCUGUCCUCGCUUCGCUUUUCCCCUCCUUAGUUCCUGAAAAUCCAACAACGAAAAACCCUUUGGUUCCUGAAGGUUUUUUUAAACCCCAGUCCUGAUGCUGCUGUUUUCCUGCGGACUUCUGGGAUGAGGUUAGAGUGACCCAGGCUGCAGGGCAUUCUAAAUCGGAUGUCACAGGCUGCCAAGAAGGCUUCGGAAAGGGAAAGCUUGCUGGGGUGCCAAGAGCGCCAAAAGCCUGCUCUGCCUCUGCCUGCAUCCAGCUCGGUCCGGGUGGACAGGGGAGACCUGGCAGCUGGAACAAACCCUCCGGCUCCCAGUUCCCCUCUACGGUCGGUCGUCUUAGGGGUUCACAAAUACUGCUUCUCCUCUUCUGGGCACCUUGUCACGUGUGAUCCCAGCCUGCUGGGAAGGUAGUGUGGUUUGCUGUGGCCCAUGGAAGGUGAGAGGAAGUGCUGAGGACCCCUUCCAGGCAGGAGCUUUAAGAGCCGGGUAGGUGCAGUUGGCCUCCUGGGAGCACAUCUCAAGGUGGAGUCUGGGUUCCUAAGAGACUCUGGUGAGCGGGACCACCUACUCCCACGCCACCGACCUGCAGAGGACAAGUAGCAUGAGCAAGAAAUAAACCUUUGGGGCAGCUCGUUAGCUCAGUUGGUUAGAGCAUAGUGCUCAUAACACCAAG